ACUGUGGAAUAGACUAAUAGUGACUAUUGGCACACACUCAAAAUAUUUUCAACAAACAAAUUAAUCGUCUUUGAGAUCUUAUACACAUGAUUCGUAAAUGCACUGCUUUAGAAAAACGUAAAUCUUUAAUCGAAAGUGCGGCUGGCAAAGAAAAGAUUAAUCCCGACGCUGUGGUGCAGGGUACAUUCAAGAAGCCGAAAUGAACUCGUGUUAUCAAACGUUCCACAGCUAUUCUUAGUGAAGGGAAUGUGAUCGUAGGUGGUGAUUUGUUUUGAAUGCAACUCACAUUAGACGAAGGAGUUGCCUUCUCUCAACAGCAUCAAAUUUAUGAUCGCCUCAGACUAGAACGAUUUUAAAAGCUAGAUGUGAAAGCUGCUCUGCAAAAUUUGAUGCCAAAUGCAACCGUUCUGAACUGUUAAGAAAUAACUUCACAAUGCGGUAAUUGUUCUGAUGUGUGAUUAUCCACGGAUGGACCUGGUGCACGUCGGCUGAUACAUCAUUUACAAUCCGCGGUGAGACUGACGAGGCGGGACCGCCGACAGGAUGGUGGAGCGGUCGGACCGUGCCCCUCUGCUGGAUUGGGAGGAGGUUCCGUCAGCGGAGAAGCCCGGCGGUGCAGCACCGGCGGCAGCUCACGCUAAGGACCGUCUGUCGAGCCCCUCUAACACUCGUGCCUCAUCAGGAUGCUCCGCGCCGGGCUUUGGGUGGAGCAGCGGUCCGGGGGGUCCCACUCCCAGCAGGUCUGUCUCCAGCUCAGACGGCUGCAGCACCCCGCCCAUGACCUCCAGCAACCCGGCGGGCACGGAUGAAGGGCUGCGUCCCGACAAGGAGGAGCAUCUGUCGGAUUCAGGACCGAGGGAGGUGACGCUGGAAGACAGGAUGGUGAAAUGGGAGGAAAAGGACCAGAUUGUGUCGGUUUUUGUGGUUACAUUCAACACCAGAUCAGGAAACAUGCUGGAGUGGUGUCUGCCCAAAGACAUGGACCUGGAGGGUGUGGAGUUCAAAGCUAUCGCCAGCGGCUCCCACCGAGUCACCACAGACUUCAUCUACUUCCGGAAGGGCAGCUACUUUGGCUUGGCCUGCUUUGCCAACAUGGCGGUGGAGAGCACGGUGGAGAGGGGGGCGAGGAUGAAGUCGGUAGGGAUCCUGUCUCCUUCCUACACACUGCUCUACCGCUACAUGAGCUUCCUGGAGCACCAGGUCAGGCUCCAGCUCCAGUCUCCAGGCCACUACUCUCCUCUGGAGGCCUUCUAUGAGGACAAGAGAGCGCUCCUGCCCCCCAGUGGAGAUGGUGUUGUUACUGCAUGUCCAGCCAAUGCCUGGGGAGCUGCAAUCAAUCACAGCAUGCACCCUGAGAUGAAGAUCACGCACCCAGCAGGAUGUAUGUCCCAGUUCAUCCGCUUCUUUGGAGAGCAGAUCAUGGUGCUGUGGAAGCUGGCUCUCCUCCGCAGACGCAUCCUCAUCUUCUCCCCUCCUCCUGUGGGUGUGGUCUGCUACAGGGUCUACUGCUGCUGUUGCCUGGCAAACAUCUCCAUCCCUGGGGUCAGCGUGGCCGUGCCUGAGUUCCGCCCCUUCUUCUAUGUUAAUGUGGCUGAUAUCAGUGCUCUGGAGAACGAGCUCUCCUAUGUAGCAUGUACUACUGAGAAGAUCUUUGAGGAGAAGAAGGAUCUGUACGAUGUGUAUGUAGACAAUCAGAAUGUAAAAACCUGCAGAGACGGCCUGAAGCCUCUGCUCCGACUCAGUACCGCAGACCGAGAGAAAUAUCGCAAACUCACAGAGCAGAGGCAGAUGUGGCUGUACUCCCAGGAGGAGAAUGGAGACUGUGUGUCCAGUGAAGAGGAUCUCUUUAUUCUGUUUUUCUUGGAGCAAAACAACCGAAUUUUCCAGACCCUGAGUGAAGUGGCGGGAAGCCCUGAUCCCACUUUGACACAGGAGAGUGUGAGAGCCAUGGGUCUGGACCCCCAUGGAGACAGGCUCUUCCUGCUCCACCUGUUGGAGAUCUAUGGCUAUGACACCCUGCUGGUGUCAGAGCAGCUUUGCUGCAGCUGAGAGACAACUGAUGGCAAGCUUU